AAGCGGUUUCUCACGGACUGGCCGUCUUUUCUGUAUUUUUGCUACUCGUCGUAUUUCCUUGUGAUCUCAGUAUUAGCCUUGGCAGCAUAUGUUCUCAAUGCUGGAACACUUUACGUAGCACUCACCAUAAGUUUCCAGUACCAGCUUCUUGUUGAUGACCUCAAUAAUAUGGUGCUCAUACACCAAGGGUGUUUUUCUCUCAUAAAUAACUCUUACUACCAAGAUGUUAUAUACAGAAACUUGAAGCAGUCUGUGAAGGAUUAUCGUGUAAUAGAAGAGGUUUGGAAGACGCUCGCCCCUAUUCAAAAUACGUUCAUGCUGGUAACAACAAUAUGCGCUUUUUCGUUCCUACUUUUUGUAUUAUACGGAGUUAUUGGGAAUGUGACUCCACCUCAUAAAAGUAAGGUAUACAUUCUUCUGGCAUUAAUGAUAUAUGGGCUGGUUAUGUUUGUAAGUGUUGGACAACAGCUUACCGAUGCAUCCACAGAAUAUUACGAAAAGUUCUGCGAGUGUCCUUGGCAUUACUGGAAUACAAGGAACAGAAAAAUGCUCCUGUUCAUAUUGACAAAUUUCAAGGCAAAGUCAAUGCUAAAUGCUACUACAGCAUCCUAUGCUUCUCCGCCAGUUUCCCAAUAAGUUCACUGGAGAAAAAAGUGAUGUUACAACUGAAACAGUACGAUCACUCAUUUUAAACCACCACUAAGACUAUAAUGCUAACAAUGUACAAGGACUCCGAAUCGACUCACAUCACGAAGAAUCUUAGAGGCCUUAUAAAUAAUUGUCUAUUAACAUGUAGCAAUGAUGACAGAUUAUAUUGAAUUAUCAUAUUGUAUUAUUAAAUUUUAACAAUGUAUUUUAACAACAUUAUAGUUUAUUUUUAAACGAUAGUCUUAAAUAUUGAAAGUUGAAAAGAUGGGGUGCAAAACCAUAAUUAAACA